CAGGUGUUGCUUAGGCUUACCAUAGUACUUCGUUCAUCAGCUGCACGCACAUUUAUUCUUCCUGGCUUGCUGGUGUACUGAAAUCAUCCUAGAAGAAGUCGGUUUGUCACGAAAAAAAUUGGAGUUUGACAGUUGGUUGUAAAGCCAAUUUUUUGGGACGACCACCGCCCCCGGUGACCACUACGAACGACGUCCAAGUAGAACACCACCAUGGCCCUCGUUUUCCCUGCCGGUGGCACCGCUGCCCCGCACCAAAUUUCCAGCACCAGCAGCGGCAGCGCACCUCCGAUUCCCGGCAAUAGUACUACUUCCAUGCGGCUUCCGCCCCCACUGCACGUGUCCGUGCGGGGGCUGGCGUUUCCCUACCAGCUCUCUGAGGAGGACGUGCGACGUAUCCAGUGCAAAUUUUGGUGUCUGGGUCUGGAAGAGUGCAACACUUGUCAUGCAUCUCGCGGACCACGCUUUCGCUCACGCACAUGGUCUGGAAUGCACCCAGAACAAGCAUCGCAGAUAUUGCGCGACACUCUCGAUGCCUCUUGCGCAUGAGCAGAAAUCCACCUACUUUUGCCUAGUGAGAAGGAGGCAGCUUUUGGGGUUCCAUUCAUGAAGCACAGAUCUUAUUGUGUUCCAGAUUUCGCAUGACAAGUUGCAACCUUCCAGACCGAGAUCAUAUAUUUCCAUUCGAUACGCCGGGUUUUCGGACGAUACGGCGAGGUGGAUUCCGUCCGCGUGUUGAACGAGGAAAGUGCAAAUGUGACGUUUCUAUCCUAUGCAAAAGUAUCCUACUCUUACUUUAGUAAUCGCAGGCUAAACCUAAAUUUCCUUUCAAGGUAAAUCUUCAGCAUGACAGUUUCCAUUUUUCAUGCUGAGCCUCCGAUUUGUAUAUGCAAUUCAUACUAGUAGAACUAGUACGAUGAAGAUGAUACUUUUGCAAUUUAUAGUUUCUCGGGUUCGGCAACGCUCUGGCCGCAUGGAAUGACUUGAACAACAAAGCGCUGCUGGGCAUCGACGGCGCCUUCCUGUUCGUGUCCUGUCCGGAGCUCGAAGGAAGCUCGCCGAGCUAUCAGAAUGCACAACUCGAACCCCCCCCUCAUUUGUAAUGCUAUGCAAAAUAACAAAUGCAAAUCCAAAUGGAAAUGAAAUCCAUGUCGGACAUGAUGUUCUGCCUUUAGGCCCCCGCCCUUCCUGCAUGCCCAAUUUUGGAAUCUCAUCGUCAAACACGAAGUGCACUGCAAUCCGUGUUCAAGUUUAUCAUGCGGAAGCGACAUAUAAUCUGCCCGCUGCUGUCUGCGUUGCUGAUGUUCUUCAUGCCAUCCAAAUGAGGUGGAGGGGGAGUUGUUGCGCACUCUCAUAUAUGCAUUGCAAAAAUGUCUGGGUCUGGAAGAAUGCAACUUGUCAUGCUGAAUCUGAAGCAUGCAAAAAUUUGUGUUUCAUGAUCACCAAAAGAUGUCCACUUUUGAACAGUUUGACAGGGAGUUUCUCAUGCAGAAUAGGCAUGAUAGACACCUCGCAGCGUUUGUCAUGCUAGGUGCUGCAUUCCAGGCCUCAUGGGUCAUGGAAAAACUGCAUCACAAAUCUUGCAUUCUUCCAGACCCAGACAUUUUUACAUUUGAUAUCAUAGGAGCAGGCGGAAUACCAGUAAGGACGAGGGCGGAGGCGGGACAAGAUGGUCCUAUGAAUUGCAAUACCAAUUUUUAUCGCACUUUUCGUACCAAUUGCAUUUACCGAUUUUCAUCUCAAGAUGAACAAAAAUGCAACUCCUACUUGUCAUGCUAGACCUAGAUCAGGUAGCUUAGCACUAGAAAGUUUGACUUUUCAUGCACGAUUGCAAAAAUUCCUUUUCCUUAAGAGUGCGAAUUCGAUAUUUUUGCAGCGCAUAGGCUCGACAUGCAAACAAGUGACCAGGGCGGCAAGAAGUACACCUGCAGACUGGAAUAUCCCAGAUGCAAAAACAAAAAAGGCGUUCGUAACGUUCUGCUUCUGUCUCAGGAGACACAUCUGUUUUUUGUUGUAGUGCUCGUCUCUCACGGUUUUCGAUUUCGCCACAGAUGUCAUGACAUUCUGAUUCUCGACGAACGUCUCUUUUCUAGUGGAUUCUCAAAUCGGCAUUGAGAACGAGAAGGAGUUUCGGGUAAGUACAUGCAGCUUUUCACUUGCGCAUGCCUAUAUUUUAAUAUUUUGCGUUUUUCUCCUGUACUACCAGUAUCAGCAUAGAAAUUCCUAAUACUAGCUGACAACCGCUAGGAGUUACGAAAGGCUGACGCCGCGACGCCCCUCUUCGCGUUGUACAAUUUGCAGCGCGUUGACAUAUUCUGAAUAACUUUGUAUGAGCCUGAUUAAGAUUCACCUCUUCACUCGUCUACCACUGCAAUAAGUAAAAGGAAAUGAAUUUAAAUCAAAAUCUGGACCUGCAAAUAAAGGUCGGCUCCAAAGUGAUUCAAAUCGCGCGGCGCAUCUGGGUAUCGAAUGCAAAUCGGUCCGGGUCGCUCGAAGGAAGCAGACGCUUGUCAUGCAGUUUUUGCAUGUGCAGGUGCACGAUCCAAGGCCCACCUCUGGAAUGCACACAGAAUAUGACAGCACAUCCUGCGGAGGGUGCAUCGUCGAUCGUUCUGUUCGCAAACAUAGUACCUACAACUCUUUGUCGUGGUGAGAAACGAAAGACAAAUAAAACUCCACAUCUUUUUGCCGCUGCUAACUACGCAGCACAGAUUUUCGUUUUUAUUGCCUCUCUCAGAAAAAUACACUUCCACUGUCUCUGUCUGCACUUCUCCAGUCGUCCCAGAGGACAUAUUUUCAAGGGAUGCUAGGAGGAAUUGCCGACCUUUCGCGCUUCCGGCGGCAAGUAUGACGAAGAGAGUGCACAACUUCUCCCACUCCAAAUUGCUCCACAUUUUUACCUUUUGUCAUGCUGCAAACAGCGAUGUCGAUGUGAUUUUGAUGGCGAAAACGCAACUGCAGUUGUCUUUCUCUUUGUGGAUUUUGAUGCGGGAAAAAAUAAGAAAUGUGCACUCUCAUAGGGAAACGCGGCUUCGCGGCAAGGGCGUUGGAGGUCCCCACGAAUCCGAGGAUAUGGCAUUCUCAACCUUGUUACUAGUACAUUGCUCGCUGUGUUGUAAAGAGUUUUGGGGCGCACAACGACCAACAAACGCGAACAAAUGGGUCGAGUGGCCUUGUGGAUCUUGCAUAAUUACGUACAAAUGUGCAUGUGGCAGCACCCACAUAAAAUGUCCACGCCGUUUUUAGCAAGCGCGCCGUCGCGAACUUGUAUAUUUAUACAAAGCAGCUCUUCGUCUAUCCUGUCGUGCGGAGCCGGAGUGUGAUAACAAGUUGUAGUCGUUUCGCAUGGGCAUGGCAAAAGCAAAACAUGUAAACAGCGAUCAUCAAUGUAAGUAACGCCUGAGAUCGCCAUAGAAUAGCCGUUGGCGCUGUGCAUUUCCUGUCGUGAAAUCCGCGAUUUUGGGGUGGCUGUGGAUAUCGACAGCACAUACGUGGUCUGGGUUCUGCUCUGAUGACCUUCUACAUCGCAUCAAACUUGUGACGCGAUGUCAGGACGAAAUAAAACAGAACACUCUUCCAGACGAGGACCCAGACACGUUUGCACUUGCUAUAGUCGAGUUUGCAGAGCAGGAACUCACCAAAGUCCACGAGGCUUUUAUUCGCUUCCAGGAGGAAACGCACGGCAUCGCACCCGACGUCACGGCCGCGAAGCUGCCCGCGUGCAAAGCGGUAUCGGACCACCUGCACACGGUCGCGCCCGGCUUUACCACCACAGGAACUGUAUCAACGGCAAAAAUGUUGUGCGGGUCCUCUGGGUCUGGACGAUGAAAAAUGCAGCUAGUAGUAAUAGAAUAAACUUUAUGUCGUGUGAAGACCCAGAAUCAUGUCCUUCAUUGCUCCACAUUGAGUUUCUCAAUGCCUAAUCCGCUUCAACAAUUUAUUCCUUCUUUCUUCCCCCUGUGACACGAAAAUGGCCGCUAGCUUGCCCAAGCAUGGCAGCAAAAAUCACGAAUUGCUACGCACAAAUUCGAAUUUCAUAUUCAUCAUCAUCGUCGUCCAUUAUUCCAGACCUGGAUCUCCCAGUAGACGCUUUUGCAUUGCAUAAAUUGCAGCUUCCCCGGCCACGCGUGCCAGCGCGGCGAAGGAACAAGAAACAUCUUCGACAGUCGCCGGCGGAGGAACUACCGCGACACUGCAGCAGCAUAUCCUGUGUAAAAACUACUUAAAACUAAAAGUACGUCCCCCCGGCCGCCUUGGUCAUCUUCUUCGUGUUUCUCAUGCAAAUCUGGAAAUGGAAUCCGGCAAGUCAUAGCUGUCACUGUCUCGUCAUGCUGGCACUCCAUGAACAUGAUGAUAGAUGGGUACAACGCUAUCUGGGAAUUUUUUAUUUUCGUGCUGUAAUCAGGACCGGGAUCUUGACCGCACAUUUGUCAAGCGACUGGACGACUAGCCAGUACUACUAACCGAAACGACCACAAGAAUAAACUAAUCUGUCUCUGAUGUUUCGUGCGCAACUACAACAGGCAAAAUUUCUGGGCUCGACGUGUAGAGGAAAGAAUAAACUCACUGCCGCCUUGACAAGUGUCGUGAGGUGGGGACGUUCUUUUAGUUUUUCCUCUGGAUACAUCAGCACCAUACAGGAGCGACGGCGGUCGUGGCAACCAGGGGGCGAACAAGCAGUAAUAUGGGACCUGCCACAGGCGGGGAAGACCAGCCGGAAGUAUUUUAUGCAACUAAGUACUUAGUAAAGUACUAACGCACUUCUACAGUAUGAAUUGCUAUUGCAUAUACACAUACAGCAAAUUUCAUUUUUCAAGAAGUAGAAGUAGACCUUGUAUACGAGCAGAUCUACCUUUUUAGCACGUGCGACAUUUUUACAGAUAGAGUACAACUUCAUUUUACUUAUAUCCAAUUUUCGAAUUUGUAUUUCAUUUUUUUGCAGCUCCUUUUCGUUGUUCUUCUUUGGUUCUCGUUUCGACACGACGUCCGUGGUAACCUUCAUAAAUUACAACAUCAGGACAACUCCCCGCCGAUAUCGCGUGGUGUGCGACCCCCGACGGCACCGGACGACGAUGAAAUCGAACACAUGACUAUCCACAGAAAAAAAUCCUUCGGUUCUCCAUCCAUUUUUUGCAUGAUAUUGACAUUUAGAAACGACAGGGACACCCAGCCCUUCGCUUCCCAACAUGACACAGAUACAUAGAAUUUGAUACGUGUUUUGCAUGACAAAUUGGACGUGGAUGGGUGAUUUUUCCUGGAUAAUGAUCGAGCAAAGGAACGAGGCGAGACUAUGAGACUCCACAACAUCCCCGCCUCCCCCUCAUUAUGAUUUGUAAAAAUGCAAAAAUCAAUGCUAAAUCCUCUCUGAGCCUUUUCGCUGUGCUUGCGUGACAAGUUCUGGAGGCCCAAACUGCACUAGUAUGCUGCGUGCGUGGAUUGGUAUAUGCCGAGAAUGCAUCUCUGACGUGGUUUUUCUUUUUGUUGCUAGAGAUGCACUACAAAUUAUGUUCAGGGGGCGGGGGGGGGAGGUUGUACACUGUCAUAAAGAAAAGGCGGCAACUACGAUCGAGCGGACGAGAUUCGGGAUUACUUGAAAAGUGUCGGCUAUGCAAGAAAAAAACUGUGUAGGUGUAACUCUGUAAUGCAGAACAUGGAACAGAGUUACACCUGUCAUGUCGGGCAGCCAUGAAGUUCUGUUUUCAAUUUCAUGUUGUGCGCUUUCCCUUACAAGCCACGCAUGACAGGUUUUCUCUGUCAUGUACUAGAGGAGCAAAUUUGUAAUGCUGUCAGCCAAACAAGGUAGUUAGAGUUACACUAACACGGUUUUUUUCUUGGAUAUCAAUGUUGUGUUGAUGGAUGAUAAAGGAGCGCGUGGGAACCGCCGCGGCGCAGAGGUGACCAAAUGGCGAUACUGGAAUCCGUAG